AUGAACCCCUUCGUUCGGCUCGGUCGAUUCCUUCGACGGCCAUCAUCUCCACCAACAAUACUCAAGUCCUCCACCUUUCCCAUACUGGACUCUGCCACGAAAAUCGAGGAAGAACGAAUGCCUGCGUUUGACCGAGGUCUUUAUUAUCCAGUCAAACUUGGGGAUGUGUUUCACUCUAGAUACCAGGUCCUCAGCAAGUUGGGGUUUGGUGCAAAUUCAACAGUGUGGUUCUGCCGUGACCUUCAACGACACCGGUAUAUUGCACUAAAGAUUUACAUCAGCAGUCCCAAGGCGAAUCAGGAGGUGCGCGUACUGGAGCAUCUUUCAAGGAUCAAGACACACCAUCCCGGCAGCGGUCUUGUCCGUCAAAUGAUAGAAAAGUUUGCACUCGCAGGACCUCGCGGGAUCCAUCAGUGCAUUGUUUACGAGCCGCUAUUAACGAGUCUUUUGCAUUUUCAAGCAACCCUGAAUCCAAAGAGCCUUCCGGAGGACUUACUAAAGGGAGCGCUACAGCAGCUGUUACUUGCCCUUGACUAUCUACACUCAGAAGCACAUGUAAUACACACUGAUAUACAAGCAAAGAAUAUUAUUAUUGGCGCAAAGGAUGAUUCAAUCUUUCGUGAAUGGGCUGAUAACGAGGAAAAUGACCCGAGCCCGCGAAAGGUUGAUGGCGACUACACUGUCUAUCUGUCUCGCCCGUUCCGUCGUAAGAAGGGAUGGAGCGGUUUCGGGAUGCCCCUUCUCUCAGAUUUCGGGGAAGCUCGUCUGGGGAAUGUACAUGAGGGAUUGAUCCAGCCAGACAUUUAUCGUGCGCCUGAGGUCAUCCUUGGAAUGACUUGGACAUCGAAAGUUGAUAUGGAACGUUGGGGUAUCUGGGACCUCUUUGAGGACCACCAUUUAUUUGAUGGUAGAGGACCGGACGGGAGUCAUUCGGAUGCACAGCUUCUCGCCGAAAUGGUAGCCAUGCUGGGCCCUCCACCCCCCGAUUUUCUUCGCAAGUCUCCUCACAGUCUGAAGUAUUGGGACUCCUCAGGGCAGUGGAAAGCCGCGGUAGAAGUACCACACAACUCGUUGGAGGACUCAGAAGAGUAUCUUGAGGGUGAAAACAAGAAGAUGUUUCUGCAGUUCGUGAGAAAGAUGCUGCAAUGGGAUCCAGAGGAGAGGCAGAGCGCCCGUGAACUUCUGACGGAUCCUUGGUUAACAACUCAGUAG